GCUUGUUGGAUGGAAAGACAGAUUCCAUUCAAAAAAAAAAACAUAGUUACAGAGACACACAGAGAGAGAGAGAGAGAUGACGAGCGAUUUAAACGCGAAGCUCCUCGCCGGCGAGAAGAAGAGUGAGUUGUUGGCGGCGGCGGAGGAGGAGGAGGAGGAGGAUAAGUUAAGUAGAACGCUGUGGGUGGAGAACAAGAAGCUGUGGGUGGUGGCGGGGCCGUCCAUCUUCACGCGCUUCUCGACGUUCGGCGUGACGGUCAUCAGCCAGGCGUUCAUCGGCCACAUCGGCGCCACCGAACUCGCCGCCUACGCCCUCGUCUCCACCGUCCUCAUGCGCUUCGCCAACGGCAUCCUGCUGGGCAUGGCAAGUGCAUUGGAAACUCUUUGUGGGCAAUCUUAUGGUGCAAGACAAUACCACAUGCUGGGCAUCUAUCUUCAAAGGUCUUGGGUCAUCUUGUUCAUGUGCAGCUUAAUAAUGCUUCCAAUCUUUGUCUUCACAACUCCACUCCUCAAGCUACUUGGCCAAGAGGAGUCCAUUGCAGAAAUGGCCGGCACCAUCUCACUAUGGUUCAUCCCGGUCAUGUUCUCCUUCGUAUUGGCAUUCACACUCCAAAUGUAUCUCCAAGCUCAGAGCAAGAACAUCAUCAUCACAUACUUGGCAGUCAUAACACUUGCUCUCCAUGGCUUUCUCUCAUGGUUCAUGACCAUAAAGCUUGACCUGGGGCUUCCUGGAGUGAUGGGCUCCAUGAUCUUGGCAAUGUGGGUCCCUGUAUUGGGUGAGCUGGCUUUCGUGUUCUUGGGGGGGUGUCCUGAGACUUGGACAGGGUUCUCAUAUGCUGCUUUUAAUGAUCUGGGGGCAAUUAUCAAGCUUUCUCUAUCAUCCGGCGUCAUGUUAUGUCUGGAGCUAUGGUACAACACUGUCUUGGUUCUUCUAACAGGAUACAUGAAGAACGCAGAAGUUGCCCUGGAUGCUCUCUCCAUCUGCCUCAAUAUUAAUGGAUGGGAGAUGAUGAUUUCUGUCGGCUUCUUGUCUGCAGCAGGAGUUCGAGUGGCGAAUGAACUUGGAGCAGGGAGUGCAAAAAGGGCAAAGUUCUCGAUCGUCAAUGUAGUGUUUACAUCUUUGACCAUUGGAUCUGUUCUAUUCGUGCUGUUUCUGGUGUUCCGCGGCAGACUUGCUUACAUAUUUACCGAGAGUGAUGCAGUGGCCAGAGCAGUUGAUGACCUCUCUGUGCUAUUGGCUUUCUCCAUACUGCUGAACAGUGUUCAACCAGUGCUUUCAGGGGUUGCCAUUGGUGCUGGUUGGCAGAGUGUUGUUGCUUACGUAAACAUAACAUGCUACUACGUGGUCGGCAUUCCUCUAGGAAUUGUGCUUGGUUAUGUGCUUAAUUUUCAUGUGAAGGGGAUUUGGAUGGGAAUGCUAAUUGGUACAGCUGUUCAAACUCUGGUACUUGUGGGCGUUACUGCGAAAACAGACUGGGAAAAGCAGGUAGCUGUGGCUCGACAGCGCUUGAACAAGUGGUAUAUGGAAGCAGAAAGGAGUUCAAAUGGCUCUACGGAAGCUGCUUAGUUUGUUCUUUUCUUUUCUUUUUUUUAAUGCAUCCAAUUAUUUCUGAUGAGGAAAAAGCUGGAUGGAAGUAUGGUAUUUGCCAUUUCACUUAAAAAAAAAGAAAAGAAAACCUCAUUCAAUAGCUUUCCCAAACUAAAAA